AUGGCACGAACGACAUAUUUUGGGAGUGCAUCUCGUUUUACAGAUCUUUACCAAGAGCCUGUAGAUCAUCUUUUAUCACCGAUAAACGGCCAUCAAGAUGUACAACUUGUUUCCCUUACGGAAGCCAUUGAACCCAUUUCCAGUUUUUUUCAUGGUAUUCAAGACCAAGUCUUUGUUGCAUUACAUAAUUGUCAAAAUCCAGUUGAUGGAUUAACUCAAGACGAAUCAGCUGCUAUACAACUAUAUACAAUGCAAUUUGGUGGUGGACCAAGUUUAUAUCUAUUACUUAACCAAUCGCUACGUUCUGAAAAUCGUGGAGAACUGAAGCCAUGGUUCUCAUUUCUGAAAUUAUUUCUUACUGCUCUGCACAAAUUACCAUCAUAUUGUGGAGCAAUAUGGCGUGGUAUUCGCGAUGUUGACUUGAGUUCUAGAUAUCAGAAAGGAACACGACUUGCUUGGUGGGGAGUAAGUUCUUGCACAACUGAUUGUGAAGUACUCAGAUCAGAUCAAUUUUUGGGUCAACAAGGAAUACGUACUCUGUUUUCAAUUGAAUGCAUGAAUGGAAAAGCUACGGAAAAACAUUCCUACUACAAAAAUGCCGAGAAAGAAAUUAUUCUCAUGCCAGGCUCAUAUUUUGAAGUGAUGGGUCAUUUAAAUCCUGCACCUGACCUUCAUAUUAUUCACUUAAAAGAAAUUAAACCACCAAUUGUACUGGUUAGACCACCCUAUUCCAAAUUGGAAACACUGAAUACUCUGCUUGACACUGGCAAGUCGCAUUCAUUUUCUCAAGCGACACAACCAAAACCAAUCAAUAAUGACUCAAAUAAAAUGCCAUCAAUAAGAUCAGAUUUUCCCAAUCGGCGUGAAAAUCUGCGAUGGCAACAGGCGGGUGAGACUGUUGCUGGAGGCAAUGGGAAAGGUAACGGCACCAAUCAACUCUGUAAUCCGUGUGGCCUCUUCGUUGCUGACAAUCAAACAAUAUUCAUUGCUGAUUUCUGGAAUAAUCGUAUCAUUCGAUGGAAGCUGAAUGAUACGAAUGGGCGAGUCGUAGCUGAUGACAAAACUGAAGAUAAUGGCUUGGGUCCGUUGUGUCAUCCUAGCGAUGUUUUGAUUGAUAAAAAUACUGAUAGUCUAAUUAUUUCUGAUCGAGGGAAUCGACGAGUCUUACGAUGGCCUUGCCGUAGUGGCGCAACUCAAGGAGAAGUUCUCGUAGAUAAUAUUCAUUGUUGUGGGAUAGCUAUGAAUGAUAAGAGAUAUCUCUAUAUCUCAGAUAUAAGUAAACAUGAAGUCAGACGGUAUAAAAUGGGAGACAAGAAUGGAACUAUCGUUGCUGGUGGAAAUGGUCAAGGUGCUGGUCUAAAUCAACUCAACGAGCCGAUGUACCUCUUUGUCGAUGAACAACAAAGUCUCUAUGUAUCAGACAACAAAAAUCAUCGUGUGAUGAAAUGGAAUAAAGGCGGAAAAGAAGGGAUUGUCGUCGCUGGUGGUCAAGGACAAGGUGAUGAUCUGACACAGUUGACAUAUCCACAAGGAAUAUUCGUUAAUACGUUGGGUACCCUCUUUGUGGCAGACACUGGGAAUGAACGAAUUAUGUGUUGGCCUAAAGGAGCAAAACAGGGUAUUAUAAUCGUAGGUAAAAAUGGUCGUGGAUCAGAAACAAAUCAGUUUCAUUGGCCGUGGGCUUUAUCGUUUGAUCGGCAUAACAAUCUUUAUGUAGUAGAUAAUCAAAACCAUCGUGUUCAACGAUUCUCAAUCAGAUAG